UGUGUUUGUGUCCAAAGACAAAACAUACAUUCCAUGUGUCUAGUGUUUCUAUACUGCAUCGACUCUAUACCCUCAAAAUGAAACAGCUGGAGUGCAAUGAAAGAUUUAUCAUUACAGUUGCAUUAUCGAGGAUAUUUUUCUGAUCAAACUUUACUUUUUGUAGUAAUUCGGCUGUAAAACAUGGCUGCCGAUGAUGCGAUUUUGUACGUUAAAAACGUCUUUAAUGGUUUAUGCGACUCUGUACUUGGAAUCAUAAACUUCUUUCGACCUGUUUAUAAGAGGAAAAGUAGUUCCUUUGAUAAUGAAACUGAAGAAAGUAUCUCCGACUUGAAUAAGAAGUGUACGACAACGAAAUUGUCAAGAAAAUCGCCAAAGACACAAAGGCAAGUUUAUUCCAUGAUGAUGCAAUGCUGUAUUUUAAAUGGAGGGAUAUUUUGGAUGAGUAUCCUCAUUUUUGAAAAUUAUCUAAUACCUGUGUUGCAACGGUGUACUGGUCUUGUUUUUAAAACCCUAACUGCUUCAAAUACAACACAACAUUUAUUGUGGACUUGGAUGAUACCGGCGUUGUUCUAUAUUUUUCGUGCAUUUUGGGUUAUACCACUGUUUUGGCUUACAAAACCUCUAAAUAGUCUCUGGUAUCAGGAAAUAGCCAACUUAGCGUAUCGUAAGAGAAGUGGAAAACCAACUGUAUUGUUAUCAUCCUCGGGCAGUUUCGCUCAAAAUGUUAGUUUGACUAUAGCGGAUAUGGUCUUCAGUAUAUUAAUUCAAGGUUUCUUCUUAGUGCAGGCUACAGCAGUUGGUAUAAUUCCAAUCGUUGGUCCAGUACUCAGUUUUUUACACAUGACUCUUCUUUAUUCACUUUAUUCCUUUGAAUACACCUGGGUCAAUAAAGGGUGGAGGGUGCAUCAACGCUUGGCGUUCAUCGAGUCUGAUUGGCCGUAUUUUAUUGGCUUUGGAUUGCCUUUGGCUUUGUUAACUAAUAUAUCUUCUUCGUUUGUCGUCAGUGGUUGUAUUUUUGCCAUUUUAUUCCCGUUGUUUAUCAUCAGUGCUAAUGAAAUCCAUACAUUUGAAACUAGAAAUCCUCCAAUCCGAAUAUUUUUAGUAUCUGUUUGGUUGACCAAUAAAAUACUACGUAGAUCUUGGUCAAAAACCAAACCAGAAUAAUAAAGCGACCGCGAUGUGCUAUAGCUGUGAACUUGUUUGAUGAACUUCAAACUACUGUAGUUAGUGCUGGACGCCGUUGAUACGCUAUUUAUAGUUAUAGCAACUUAUUGGAAGAAAAAUUUAAUGAUGUUGUGACAUAAUUUUAUCUAAAACUUUAUAUAUAUAUUUCGUAAGGCUUAGAUAUUCGAUUUCAUUCAAUUUUUUAUUCCAACUUAACAACAUCAGUGUAUCAUACAAACCUUUAUACCUAUGUAUUAUUAUAUCAAGCAUUGCAAGCA